UUGAAUGGGCCUUUAAGGCCCAGAAGCAGUUGUGGACCAAAACCCAACUUUAUUAUAACAACAGUAAUAUACUCUACCUCUGUCCGACGUACAACGUUAGCUCCAAACUCCCCACUCCUUGCAAAUCUCAAACUCCCAGGAAACAGUCUCUGAACAGAUUUUUCAUCAUCAGAGUUGAUGGAUCGACAACCUCAUGAUUACUCCGCUAUGGCAUUUGCACAGCAGCAGCAGCAAGCAGCUAAUAUUCAACAGCAGCAGCAGCAGUUUGGUUUUCAUCCACAACAUCAACAAUUCCCUCCAUCAGUUCAUGGUCCUCCCUUUAUACAGCCGCAUCCUUCUAUGCAGCCUUACCCUUUUCACCACAUGCAACAAGGUCAACUCCAUCCACACCCUCCGCAUCCUCACCUUCUUCAUCUCCAGCAGCAACAGCAACUCAAUCCUUCUUUUCCACCCCAUAUGCCCCCCCAUAUAGUUCCUUCACCAUUCCGAGGCUCAUAUGAUUCACCACCCCCUGCUCCUCCCCCUUCUGAUCCUGAACUGCAGAAGUGCAUUGAUAAACUUGUAGAGUAUGCAGCAAAACAUGGCCCUGAAUUUGAGGCGAUGGUACGUGAAAAUCAGAAAGAUAAUCCUGCUUAUAGGUUUCUUUUUGGCGGUGAUGGGCAUAAUUACUACCGUUACACGCUUUGGCUAGCUACACGUCCUCCUGGUGGUCCCUUCAACCCUCCUUUUCCCUCCACAUCUAUACCUGUGAUGCAUCCUCCUAAUCCAAUGGUAACUCCAUCACCUCCUAAUGACCCUAAGUUAAAUGCCUCGGGGGUUGGUCCUGGGGCUACAUCCUCUCUGCUCAAUGUACCUCAAAUGCACCAACCGCCUUUUCCACCAUUCUAUGACCAGCAGCAUUCUCAACCUUUUCCUGGGACUAUGGGUGGUCCUGGUCGUCAACACUAUGACCAGUCCUCGGGGGCUUUCAAAGGUCUAUCGGGACCACUUCCCUCUGAUGUUGCGAUGGAGCUUAAUAACGUGCUCAAUGGUCUAACUGGUACCAAAGAGUCAAUCAAAGGUGCAAAGCUGUGGUUCAUGCAGCGUUCACCAUUUGCACCAGCACUGGCAGAAGCUCUUAGGGACAGGGUAUAUGCUGUAGAUGAUUCUGAGAGGCAGCUACAUAUACUUUUUCUUUCUAAUGACAUUUUAUUUGACAGCUUGCAAAGACGAACUAAUACACAUGAUCUUAGUAAUGAGGCUCUUGCAUUUAGACCUGUAUUGGGUUCCAUCCUUGCAAGAAUUUACCACAACCCUCAAAAUAAGGAGGAAAAUCAAGAACGCUUGCAGAAAGUUUUGCAGUUCUGGGCUUCCAAAGAGGUAUAUGACCGUGAUACUAUUCGUUUGCUAGAGAGUGAGAUGAUCGGUGGAGUGCCAACAAAUUCAUUUACUGGCCAUCCGCAAAGGGACUUUUCUUCUGUUUCAGCAGAUGCUUCAACAUUUUCAGGACUUCCGCAUCAAACAUCCAAUCAUAAUGUGUUGCAUUGGCAGUCUGACAAACAAAAUUUCUCAGAUCAAGAGCGUUUAGAAAAUCAAGUUCCUUCUCUAUCAGCAAUGCCACAACAAUUUCUUCAAAAUUCUUCUCCUGCUGGCAGUUUCCCUGGGGCCAUACCCAUGUUGUCUUCUGCUCAACCUACAAACCUUCAGUCUGCGCCACAUCUUUUGCCAGCACAAACAUCUAAUAUUGGGGAAAAAUUACCACCAUAUCCUUUGUUCCCACCUGGUCUUAUUCCUGGAAUGGUUCGAAAGAUGCAAAUUGGUAGUGGGGUACCUUACUCUCCUAUGAGCCCAUUAGAUAUCCCAACUAUGAUACCUCCUUCAACCACAUCGCCAUCUGAACUUCUUGAGAGAGUAUCAAAAUUCUUCAGAGAAAUUGGAGAGGUUAACCCUUCUGAAGGGCCUUUGAAUUCAGCUGAUGAUGAUGACGAGUACGAAAGAGAUUCUCCUGUAAGGAAAGGAGGAACCUGCAUUCCUCCACCUCCGAAUCUACAGGUGGACCCAGAGACUGGUACUUUACCUGAUGGAAGUGUAGAACGGAAACCGGGAUCAGUUAGCUCAGGAAGGCUUGGCCUGGGUGCCACAGCCAAUCCUAAUGAGGCAAGUCAAUAUGAUGAUGUUUAUUCAUCUUACAGGAAGCAACGAAGCACCAACUAUCAUACAUCUAUGAGUGCUAGAUCUGCUACUACUACCACCAGGUAAGAACCAGCUUUUUGAUGUGCUAAGCAAAGCAAUCAAUAGACCGGGUAGAGCAAUCAAUAGCACUAGGUUCUAUAUGGGUUUUUCAUAUCUUGUCCAUCCUUGCCAGUGGUACAUUUGGUAAUGUUGCAACUCUACAAUGUGCAAUUGUUUGCUUAUGAGGGCAAAUUCAGGUUGAUGAAAUUGCAGGUCACGGAUUUAAUUGCUUGAAAAUAGAUUUUGUAAUUCAGUUUAGCAAAGCAGUUGUAUUUUGUGAUGUUUUGCCAGUUUUAAUUUCACUACCUCCGCAUUUGGCAUAAA